AUGCUCUCCCUAUCGACCCUCCACACGACGCUCGCGCACGUCCUCGCGCCGCCGCACCUCCACACCGCCAUCCUCUUCACGACCGCCGGCCAGCUCAUCUCGUACGCGUCUAAUAACAACCACUCCAACAACGACGAUUACAACAACAACGACGGCGACAACGAUUCCAACAAUUACAAUUACAAUGACAGCAACGACAGCAAUAAUGACGGCAACAAGUACAACAAGGAUAACUACUCGAAUCCCGCGUUCGCGUCGAACGUCGCGCCGAACUCCCCCGCGUCGACGCUCAAACCCAAAUCACCGAAAUCACCGAAAUCACCGAAAUCCUCGACGCAGUCAACAUCCUCGACGUCCUCUGCGCCCGGACCCGGGACAGAGGUCUACGCCGAAUCAGACGCGGAUGCCAACCCCGAUACCAGCGUAGGCGCAACAGGUGCGGGUGGGGUGAGUGGGAGUGCACUCGGGGCGAAGAGAGCAGCAGUCGCGCGCGGCAGCAGGAGCAAGGACGACAUCCGCGUCCUCGUCGGGCUCGGCAGCGAGCUGUGGGGCGAGACGAAGGGCGCGGGGCUCGGGAUGGUCGAUAGCGAGCUGGGCCGGAUCGUGGUGGUCCCCAUCCUCGCACUUCCUUCCGCACCCUCCGCACCCUCCGCACCCCCCUCUACUCCAUCCACGCUCCCCUCUACCUCUGCGCCUCCCGCCGCCGAAGCAAUAUCGAAGGACGAGUCAACAACAUCGGAGAUAGAAAAAGAGAAGGAUACACAGAAAGAUACAGAGAAGAAGGAGAAGGAGAGGGAGAAGGAGGAGGAGAAGGAGCAGAAAGACGCGCCUGACGCGCCGCUCAUGCUCCUCGCGCUGAACGGGACGGACGACGUGUCGUGGGACGAGAUGCGUGCCAAGGCGACAUCCCUCGCAGCGCACCUCGCGCCCCCGCUCUCGAAGUACCGCGAGUACCUCGUCGUCGCGCCGCCGCCGCCGCUGCCGCUCGUGGGCGGGGUCGUGCCGCCGGGUGGGUCGUCGGUUUCGGGGGUCGCUUCGCCUGCGCGUGCGCGUGCUGUUCACGUUGGCGGGAGGAUAUGA